CAGAUCAGUAGCGUCAGAUCGACCGCGUGCCAGAGACCGUAUAAUGUAUCCGGCAACCCCAAUGAUUGAAGAAGCUCAGGCGGUUCCUUGGAAGAACCCUGCCCUUUUCCCUACCCCGCAUCUCGAGUAGUGGCUGCUAUCUUUGUUUUGGGUAUACUUCGUAUAAUAAGGAGGUGAGAGAAGCUUAUAAUGGCUGGAAGAGCUCAGAUCCCAACAAAGAAUUCAGCUCUUAUUGCUAUGAUUGCUGACGAGGACACUGUGGUUGGAUUUUUAUUAUCUGGGGUUGGUGAUGUUGAUUUGCGGAGGAAGAGAAAUUACUUUAUUGUGGACUCAAAAACAACGGUGAAAGCAAUUGAAGAUGCAUUUAAAGACUUCACCACAAGAGAGGAUAUUGCGAUUGUGCUGAUUAGCCAAUAUAUUGCAAAUAUGAUAAGGUUUCAAGUUGAUAGCUACAACAAUCCUGUGCCUGCUAUUCUGGAAAUUCCAUCCAAGGACCAUCCAUAUGACCCUACUCAGGAUUCAGUCCUCUCUCGGGUGAGAUACUUGUUCUCUGCGGAAUCAAUAGCAUCAUCAAGGUACUGAAAAUUUGGUUCUCUGUUAAGUGCAACUGAUGGUAGCGUGCUCCGAUUUAAGUGUGUUUGAGCCUCCAUAUGUAUUGAGGAAGAAUGACUGAUUUUCUGGAACUUAAGCUAUGAAUAAAAUGUUAAUGGAGACGCAAAAACAAAGGUCAAGAUUCUAUGGUGGUGUUUAAUUUUGCUUAA